AUGUUCGUCAAGCACGCCUGGCUGACGUUCUACUACGCACUGGCACGAACUCGCACCCAAACGUGGAUCAUCCACGGUAUGCAGUUCGUCGCCUUUGGCUUUGGGAUCAGCUCCAUCCUCGUCAUUAUGCUGCAGUGCAUACCGUUGAGCCACGUUUGGACCAAAGUCCGAGAUCCUCCGCCGACCGAUCAAGCACGCUGUGUCAAUCUGAUGGCAUACUUCUACUUCAACGCGGGCUUUAUGGUGUUGAACGACACCAUAAUGUACAUGCUCCCAGUGUUUCUGCUGCGGAAUGUCGACAUGUUAAGAGGACACCGGUGGGGGAUCUACUCACUGUUUGCCGUCGGCGGAGUUGUUGUUCUGGCAAGCAUAUUACGUCUUGUAGCCGUCCACGAGUUGGACACGAUGACCAACUUUUCACAAAACUACGCACUCAUCUUCCUCUGGGCGGCGGUCGAAAACCACCUGGGCAUCUGCGUUGCGUGCGCCGGCGCCGUCAAGCAGAGGACGAUCCGUGCUGUUGGGAGCCUCAGAAAAUCAUAUGGGUCCAUCCGGCACAAGCCAUGGCCACCGACGUCCUUUAACAUUGUGACGACACAGGACACGGAACAUCGGAAUCUAUACACACGCCACGACAGCAGACCCUCAUCCACCGGGGUCACCGACAAUAAGGAAGGGGACCUUCAUACGGUGGAAUUGCGUCCAGUUCAAUCCAAUACCGAUAUCACUCCUACGGCGAUAUCGCCGGUGUGA